AUGUCUUACAACCUCUUUAAUUCCUGGGAGGACCAGCCACAGGGAUAUGACGCCCUGUGGAUGCUGGAGAGGAAGGCGCGCAGCAUCGGCCAAGAGGAGCAGGAGUCCCUGCCGUUCCCGAGCAAGUCGUAUUCUUCGUCGAAGGUGCACGACUCCUCGGGACCCGGCUCGUAUCCCGUCGCUCAUAUGUACACCGGGGACUCCUACAUACCGAUGAUGCAAGCCGAAUACAUCUGCACCGACUGCGGCAAGAAGUACAAGUGGCAGGACAGUCUGAAAAGGCACCAGAGAGUGGACUGCGGUAACAAGGAGAAGAAGUUCUCCUGCCACAUGUGCGACCGGAAGUUUAAGUACCGAUACGAAUUGCGAAACCAUAUCACCGCGCAUCACAUCAUCGGCUGA